CUUUAAAAGAGUCUAAGCAGAGGAAGUGAGCUUCAGAGUUCAAGAGCGUGCAGUAUGGAGAUCAAAACCGGCUUUGUUAUUCACAUUCUGAUGUUGAUUGUAGGAGGAAUAAGAGAAUGUUCGGCAACAAAGUAUAUCACAGUGGCAGAAGGAGACACACUGGUAUUGAAAUGUCCACGAAGAAAUUUAAGUGAGAAUGCAUUCAUGGAGUGGAGAAAUCCACAUGGUCAUGUUAUGUACUUCAACAAGAUCAGAGGUCUACGAGAUUCAAGGAGCAACAUUUUUACUUCAAACAACUCUGAAUAUAUGUUACUCCUGUCUAACAUUACCUUCGACGAUGAAGGGCUUUAUAAAUGUCUUCUGUAUGAAGAUAAAGUCAUUUCAAAAAGAUUCAAAGUAAAAGUUCUGGGAACCCCCAAAAUAGAUAUGGCUGAGUAUGAAGAUAAAGUAAUCCUCAAAUGUUCAGUGGCAGCGAAUGGCAACCCACCUGAACUCUCUUGGCGAAUCAAUGGGGUUGAAAUUGAAGCUCUACCCAAUACCUUGCGAGAGGGAAGAUCCAACAGGUCACUGGCAGUUAGCAUCUUAACAAUCAAAACUCAUAUCAGGAAAGCAACGGUGAUGUGCAUGGCAAAACACAAAGAUCUCCCAAAACAAGUGCUGGAUUUUAUCAUCAUUGAAAAUCACUCUGUUACGGCCUCCACAUCAAGGUAUUCCAGUACUAGAGAUGUGCUAAAAACUGAGACAAUGACCACAGUCACUUCUGCUCCUGCCAUUAGCAGUACCGCGCACAUGGAAUUGUCGUCAGAAAAUACUGAAGUGCCCCCAACAGGAGACAGCACUACCUCAAACCACAGACAAGUAGAGGAACAUUCUACUUCAACAGAUAUAAACUUGACAACACAGAACAUAAACUCUUCGGAGUCCAUAUCACCCGAAGGAUUCAUGACCAAAAAUGGCACCAACUCAGGCUUUGACAUAGGGGACCAAGACAAACAAUACAAUCAUAAGGAAAGCUCACCACUGCUGAUCCUGCUGGUCACAAGCCUUAUCAUAUGUUUACUUAUUGUAGUCAUCUUCUUUGUGAUCAGACUGCGAAGGGCACAUAUAGCCUGGAAAAAAGAGAAUGAAGAAUCAGACCAGUCUGUGGAAAGCAGCAAAUCAAAAGCCAGUCAUGAAGAAAAGCAAUCCCAGGGGAGGAGAAGACAAGGCUUUUGGAACUCAAAUUUCACAGAAUACAGAGUGGAAGAAACGCCACAGAAUACAGAAAAUGGUAUAGCUACAGUAGAUGUGAUCACUGAAACACAAGACAGUUCAAGAACAGCUUGUAACAAACUUGACGGAGCUUGUGUCAAGGAGACUGAACUUUAGAGGGAAAUUCAGCUGUAUCUGAAUCCUCAUCAGAGAUUGAACUAAUUUUGCAGUUCUGUUAUGAACAAUGGUGCUCACUAAGCCUAUUUUUGGAAAAAGAAAAGAUGAUAAAUAUAGGCUUUUGUAUAUACUGUUAGCUAUUCUGUAUUUACAUUGUUGCUGGUUAACAUUAUUUUUAUACUGAAUGUAAAGAAGUGUUUUAUUAUGUGUUAUUUACAGUUUAAUAACUUUAACUUUUGAUCAUGUUCCCAUGAUCAAAAUUGGAAAAGACUGCAUGACGUUUCAACAUAUAGGAUAUAU